AUGCUCGCGCUCUGUGGUGAAUCUGCCAGCCUCAACUUCGCAGACUCCGCAUGGCUGCUCGAUGUCCCUUGCGCAGCCUUCGGCUUGCCGCCCGACAUCCAGUGCACGGCAACUGAGGCUGUGGCGGGAUUCAUGCAGUGUCAUGGAGGCAAAGGAUCCACCACUUCGCCGAUAGAGGCCGUGAAUGCUAAAACGUCGGCAGCAGGGGCAGCGCUGGACAAUGGCAUGCUCGAGUUGGAUAUGUUCGGUGGUAUGGACGCCGGCUCCUACUACGUGAGCAUGGCGGAGGGACUGCUCAAGGAACCGCCACCAACCACACUAGAGUGCCCGGAGGAUGAAGAAUGCGCGGUGCUGGAAUGGAGCUGUGGAACUAUCUACAAUGAGACAUCCAAAUAG